UGGAAACCAAACUUUAGAGAGAGAGAGAGAGGAACACAAAAUUGCAGAGAGAGAUUGAGAGAGAGAGGGAGAGUGGAAGGUGGAAUGACGAUGGACCGUGAGAAGGAAAGAGAGAUUGAGCUGGAGAGUGCAAUGUACACCAACUGUUUGUUGUUAGGAUUGGAUCCGUCGAUCAUCGGUAUCGGAGCCAGCAACGGCACGCCUCGAGUCGGGCUCUUCCGCCACUCCAACCCUAAAUUGGGCGAACAGCUUCUCUACUUCAUCUUAUCCUCUCUCAGAGGCCCAACUCAAUCUGCCAAAGACUUUGAUAAGGUAUGGCCAAUUUUCGAUUCAGCGCAGUCUCGCGAUUUCCGCAAGGUCGUACAAGGAAUUAUAAGUGAGUUGGAAUCGCAAGGGGCACUACCGAGGAGCAAUUCGAGGGUAUCUUCUCUUGCUACUUGUUGUGGACCAAGAUUUGUUGAACUCCUUUGGCAACUUUCUCUGCAUGCUUUGAGGGAAGUUCAUAGACGAACUUUUGCAGCUGAUGUAGCCUCUAGUCCAUUGCCUGCCUCAUUGACAGAUGUAGCUUUCUCACAUGCUGCUUCACUACUUCCUGUAACCAAGGCAAGGAUUGCUCUUGAAAGAAGAAGAUUUCUGAAAAAUGCAGAAACAGCUGUACGCAGACAGGCAAUGUGGUCUAAUUUGGCUCACGAAAUGACAGCAGAAUUUCGUGGCCUUUGUGCUGAAGAGGCAUAUUUGCAGCAAGAACUUGAAAAACUGCAUGAUUUGAGAAAUAAAGUCAAGUUGGAAGGUGAGCAAUGGGAUGAACUUGUGUCUAGCUCCAGUCAAAACUCUCACAUGGUUCAAAGAGCUACUCGCCUGUGGGACUCAUUACUAUCUCGGAAGAGCCAGCAUGAGGUACUCGCCUCUGGGCCCAUUGAGGAUCUUAUAGCUCACCGUGAGCAUAGGUAUCGCAUCUCUGGGUCAUCUUUGCUUGCAGCGAUGGAUCAAAGUUCUGCAGUUCCUCGUGAUAUAAUUGCAUCACAUUCUGAUAAGAAUGAUGAAAAUGAUAGAUCACAUGAAGAUGUAAUUAGAGAGAAUUACAAAGCCAAUUCAGAUUCUUCCCAUAUUCAAGGAAAUGAUGAAAAAUUUUCUCGAAUGGAUGAUCGAACCUCAAGAGGCCACCCCACUGUUGAUGUAGCAGAAGUCUUAAGGCGUUGGACACAUUCCCUACAACGGAUUCAUAAGCAAUCACUUCAACUGGCAAAAGCAAAUGACGGAGAAGGACCAGAGCUGCUACGAAAUUCACAUGAUGGUGGCACAAGCAGUCAUGCUGAAUCUUUAGCAGCAACACUUGCUGAACAUCAGCAACAUCUAGCCAGCAUACAGGUCCUCAUUAAUCAACUGAAGGAAGUUGCUCCAGCUAUACAGAAUUCAAUUUCAGAGCUGACUGAGGAGGUUACUAGUAUUUCAUCAAGUAUGCCUGCGUUGACCAGGCAUCAUGGAAGAUCGAACUCACCUAUCCAAGCACAGAGCAGUGGAAGAGCAUUGGACAAUAGCAAUGAUGAGGUUGCUGAAAUGAAUUCUAGAUUGUCAGCCAUUCAGCUAGAAAAAGUAUCAGCUAGCCCUCCUGCUUUAAAGCUCCCACCAUUGUUUAGUCUAACACCUAACUCUUCUGGGAAGGGUGGGAACACUCAGAAGAGACAGAUGCCAGCACAAAACAGUCACAUAGAAAACAUUUCAGAGAAAAAAUUCCUUGACCAACCUCUAUUAAAUAAUCAUGUGGAUAACCCAUCACAAGAUAAUGACAUUUAUUUUGUACAAAACUUGAAAAGAUCAGUCAGAGAAGCUGCACUUUUGUCUCAAUCUUACAAUCCAGAUUCAUCUCAAGAUAGUCGUGCUGAUGAUAGCUCUGACCAUUACUUCAUACCGCUCUCAGGAGCUGGGUUUACUCGUGUUGGUCAAGAGAACAAAUCAAGCUUAUCAAGUGCUAAACAGCUGUUUGCUUCUGGAUCAGACUCAUCCUAUCUAGUAACGAGUGGUUCAGAAAAUAAUGUGGGGGGCAAAUCUGAUGGAAUCCCAGAUUUACUAAAUGAUCUGGAUUCUUUUGAUGACUUUGAUGCUGUGAAUGGUUUUCUUUCUGCUGGGGGUUCAAACUCCUCAGUUUCUGAUGCACCCAGGUCAUUUUAUGAUAUGGAUGAAACUCCAAAUGAAGUAUUUUCACCCCCUUUGCUCAUGGACGCUUCAUUUUUGGCUGAUGGUUAUGAAGACUUGCUUGCACCAUUGUCAGAAACUGAUGCUGCUUUAAUAGAGCAUUGAGAUUAGUCUGCUGAUAUGCCUUGAAAAGUGAUGCCGGAAAUUUGUAUGUCUUCUCAUUUGAUAGGGAUGCUCAGCCUCUCUCUUAUUUUGUACUUAAGAUGUGAUCAUUGUAUGAUUUCUUUCUUCAUUUCUGCUCCAAAAUCAUCUAUUCAAAUGGUUAAGGGUUGAUGAGUCGAGAGGGUUUGAUAUCUGGUAAUAUUUCUUGGUCAGCUUGGCAGAUGCCUCAAAUUUGAAUCCUUCACCGUAAGCUUCUUCAAACCUGGUCAUGGAUGCCUAAAGUUUGGAUAUGCAUUGUGGUGUGGACCCUCACCCUCCUGGAUGCAGCUGUGCAAUGGGAAUUGGGAAGAACACCCUCUAAAAUCUUUGAUUGUUUCAUGGUCUGCUGUGGGAUACAAAAGCUCUUCUAUUAUUUGAUGUAUCCUGUGCUAGUUUGAUAGUAAGAUUACUAAUCAACUAAUUUAUCCUGUUUGCAUUAUGCCAUAUAUAUUCUUUGAUUGAUGGGCUUGAGUGUGGUUAAAGAAUGACCUUUCAUAAUCUUUAUCUGGCA